AUGGGUGUAUUUUUUUUUUUAUGUUUCAGUACACCAUAUUCAUCCAAUGAAACAAGUAGUUCACAUAACACUCCUCUAUUGAGAAAUAGGAUGGACCAGCCUUCUAAACAACUUGUUGAAAAUGCCAAAUCUGAGGAAGUCCAAAGUACUAGUGUGGAUUCGACAGAUUUUGGGCAGCAGGAGAAUGGCACAGCAGACACUUCAUCAGACGUUGGCACGUUUAAAAACACACUUGUGAACUCCUCGUCCGAAGGCGGCCAUGACAUGGAAACAUUUGACGAGCCAUCUAUGAAUAAAUGUGACAAUGUUCUACCUGCUUUACUUACAGCUUCUGAUACAAACCAAUCUUUUGUUGUGGCUGAACCUGAUAAUAAAAAUGCUCAAGAGAAACAUACAACCAUUAAACGCGAGAAACGGUCACACAGCAGAGAGAGAACUAAAUGUGAUCGCUAUAGGCCAUCUCACUGUAAUGAAUACAGGCACAGGGAUCACUAUAGAAGGAAUAGCCCCUACAACAAACACAGCCAUCACAGGGGCAGGUCGAGAAGUAGGGGCAGAUACGAGACUUCUAAAAAUUUCUAUUACAGUUCCAAAAAGGAUCGCUCACGCAGCAGAGAAAGGAACUACCACUAUAAAAGCAGGCGAUAUGAUAGCUACAGGCACUAUAAUGACUAUCAUACGUCGCAUGGGUAUCGGGACAGGGAAUAUCAAGACAGAAGGUCUUCGUAUGAGGAAGUCAACUAUCACCGUAAAUCCUAUAACUCUUACCGAAGCAGCUGGUCUUAUUACCCCAGAGACAAAGAACAGGAAUAUUUCAAUAGCCCCAAACACACUACCUAUUAUUCAUCCUCGCUUCCAAAGCUGAAAAAAAGUUUAUAAUCUUUACCGUUCCUGCAUCAGGAGGCGGUAAAGCUGGAUUUGGUAUAGUUAAUAUUGGCAUAAUCUCUGGUUUAUGCGUGUAUUGAAAGUGUCAAGAUUCAGCUGUUUAAAAAAUAAAAAUAAAAAACUAUGAAAAAAUGUGAAGGAGAUUGUUCUUCCUCCUACUGAUGUAGCAUGUC